AGACUUACAAUAUCAUCCCAUCAUGAACAUUACCCGGAAAAGAUCCCAUUUCAAACACCCUGUUUCCCAUUAUAUAAUAAAUACGAGAAACCCUGCAAGCGAAGUCACCUAAGCCCUAUAUAAUUGCCUUCGUUGCGAUGAACAACAUGAAGAAUCACUCCCUCGCACACUGACCCUUCACAGCUUUCGAUCCAUCCGGCAAGAACCCGUCACUCCAUCAUCAUCAGAAGGAAGGGAAAAGACCAAGGAGAAAUCGAUCACCAUGAGGGCCAGCAACCACCUGAUCGGCCUCCUCAACUUCCUGACCUUCCUCCUCUCGAUCCCCAUCCUCGGCGGCGGGAUAUGGCUGAGCAGCCGCGCCAACUCGACCGACUGCAUGAGGUUCCUGCAGUGGCCCCUCAUCGUGAUCGGGGUGGCCAUCAUGGUGAUCUCCCUUGCCGGGUUCGCCGGGGCGUGCUACCGUAACACCUUCCUCAUGCGGCUCUACCUCUUCUGCAUGUUCUUCGUCAUCGCCGCCCUCAUCGGCUUCAUCAUCUUCGCCUACGCCGUCACCGACAAGGGGUCGGGCCAGCCCGUCCCCAACCGCGCCUACCGCGACUACUACCUGCAGGACUACUCCGGGUGGCUGGAGGAGCGCGUGGCCAGCGACUCCUACUGGGGCAAGAUCAGCUCCUGCAUAAAGGACUCCAAGGCGUGCAAGAAGAUGGCCGUCACCGUCAACGGCAUCUCCGAGACCGAGAGCAUGUUUUACUCCCGCAAGCUCAACCCUAUCCAGUCUGGAUGCUGCAAACCGCCGACGGACUGUGGCUACACCUAUGUGAACGAGACCUACUGGAACCCGGGAGGCGGGCUAGUAGGGACCAACAAUGACUGCUCCCUGUGGAGCAACGACCAGGAUCAGCUGUGUUACUCGUGCAGCUCUUGCAAAGCCGGGGUGCUUGCCAGCCUCCGCCACAGCUGGAGGAAGGUCUCGAUCAUCAACAUCAUCAUACUGAUCCUCCUGCUGAUCUCCUACGUGAUUGGUUGCGCGGCCUACAGGAACAACAAACGCAUCGACAAUGACGAGCCCUAUGGCGAAGCCCGGAUGACCAAGGCACAGCCUAGUAGGCUCCAGUUCUAGCGCUUAUGUCAUUUUAUCAUGUAAUUCACUGGUUUGCUUGGUAUUGUUUAAUAGCUUUGAAGGGUUGGUUUUACAUGAUGUGCCAGUGGCAAAUCGUCUUUUCCUGAUUGCUCCUCAAGUUUUCUUUUUGGAAUAGAAGCAAAAUGACUGUCAAUGUCAUGGAGAUGUAGCGGCACGAAAUUGAAGUUGUAUGAUGGAUAUGUAGGAGUAUAUGAGUGUCUAGACUUAUUGCUGUGA